AUGACUCAAAACUCAUUUAAGACUUUACAGGAAGCUUUGCUCCUUAGUCUGGAAGAAAAGCUAAUAGAUGACGAAGAAUUUGCCGUGCUGUAUGAAGAAUUCACUCCACAAAACCUUCCGUUUCGCCACUGGGAUUACGAAAAAUUUUCCCUCGAAAACAAAGACCCAGCAGAGUGUAAGGCAGACUUCAGAUUUGAAAAGAGUGACAUCUCAUCGCUGGUGGAUGUUUUACAGAUGCCUGAUACCUUCACAUGUCCGAAUGGUACCGUUUGUGAUUCAACAGAAGGACUUUGUGUUAUACUAAAGCGCUUUAGCUAUCCAUGUAGGUUGUCUGAUAUGAUUUCUACUUUUGGUCGAUCAGUACCCGAGCUCAGCAUGAUUAGCAAUGAAGUCACUGAAUGGAUGUACAAUGUUCAUGGCCAUAGGAUUACCGAAUGGAAUCAUUUCAUUAUGGCUCCUAACCUACUGCAAACGUACUCUGAAGCAAUUCAUGACAAAGGUGCCGCCUUGGAAAACUGUUUCGGCUUUGUUGAUGGAACGGUUCGUCCCAUAUCAAAACCAGCAGUCAAUCAGAGAGCUGUUUACAAUGGCCAUAAGCGCGUUCACGCCCUUAAAUUUCAAUCCUUGGCCCUACCAAAUUGA